CCCCAUGCUAUGCUCCGCUUAAUUUCAACAUGGCCGACAGUGGGGAAGCAAGCGCCGAUGUCGGCAGUUCUUUACCCAAAUCCUGGAAAAUUGCUUUGGCGAUCGGAGCUCCGAUCGCCAUCGGUGUUGCUGUGGGCGCCUUCUACUACAGCAGGAGAAGAUCUGAUCUGUCGAGCGGUGAAAAAGGAGGAAAAACGCAGACGAAGGGAAAAGCGAAACAGGGCGAACCUACCGCUCAUGCCGCUGCAGCAGACGAACGGACCCCUGAAGAGAAAGCUCAAGGAAGUAAGAAUAAAGGCAACAAAUACUUCAAAGCGGGGAGAUACGAGCAAGCCAUCGCAUGCUACAACGAGGCAAUAGAGCUGGUCCCACUCGACAAGACUAAAGACCUAUCCACUUUCUAUCAGAAUAGAGCUGCAGCACAUGAGCAAUUGAAAAAUUAUGCACAGGUCGUGACUGACUGUACAAAAGCGCUGGAGCUGAAUGCACGCUACGUCAAAGCGCUGUUCAGACGAGCCAAAGCGUUUGAGAAUAUGAACCAAAAGAUGGCAUGUUUAGAAGAUACGACUGCCGUUUGUAUCUUGGAGAACUUCUCCCACAACCAAAGCAUGCUGCUGGCGGACAAGAUGCUGAAAGAAUUAGGCAAAGAGAAAGCACAGCAACGAUACAAGGAGCGAGUUCCUAGCCUGCCUUCUGGACAGUUUAUCCGAUCCUACUUCUCGUCUUUCUCUGAUGAUGGAAUCUCCAGAUCAAGCAAUGACUAUAAUGAUGAAGGAGCAGGGGAUGUUGGAAACACAGGCUACCGCAAGGCACAUCGUCUCUUUACCAACGGCGAUUACAACGGAGUGAUCGAAGCAUGUGACGAGGAGAUUAACACGGAUGGAGACAAGUUGGCCGAAGCUCUUCUCAUGAGGGCGACAUUCUAUCUCUUGAUGGGCCAAGCAGCUGAGGCCAGACCUGAUCUGGAUCGACUUAUUGGAAUGGACGAAAGCAGUAAAAAACUGCGUGCCAACGCUUUGAUCAAGCGUGGCAGCAUGCAUAUGCAAGAGGGCAACUCAAGCGACGCAAUGAAUGACUUCGCUACGGCCGUGAGAAUCGAUCCUGACAAUGCAGAUAUCUACCAUCACAGAGGCCAGUUGAAUCUUCUUUUGGACCGGAUCGACGACGCAGCGCAGGAUUUUGAGAAAUGCAACAAGCUGAACAGCAACUUUGCCCUCGCACAUGCUCAGUACAGCUACGCUAAGUACCGCCUCGCGCUUGUUCACCAGAGUCCUAUGCAGCUACACACGGCAAUGCAGGAACUGGAGAAUAGCACCAAGAAAUUCCCAACAUGCGCUGAGGCCUUCGCUCUGUAUGCACAGGCUCAGAGCGACCAGGGCCAGUUCCAUGUUGCAGAUGAGUACUUUCAGAAAGCGAUUGCUCUGGAGCCGGACAACCCGACAGCUUAUGUCCAUAGAGGACUUCUACAUCUAAGUUGGAAGAAAGACGCAGACGGCGCGAUCGCCAUGAUCCAGAAAGCGCUGGAAAUAGACAGCAAAUGUGACUUUGCUUACGAGACACUCGGAACAAUAGAAGUGCAAAGAGGCAACAUGUCAGCUGCUAAGAGCUACUUUGAGAAAGCGAUCGACUUAGCGCGAACCGAGAUGGAAAUGUCUCAUCUCUUCUCGCUUAGCGUGGCAGCGGAAGCGCAGCGCAACGUGACCACCAAGUACAACAUAACACCGCCCUCGCCCAUCUUGUAGAUGUCAAUUCAAAUCGUCAAUUUCAAGCGUCAGAACUAAAGAUUGUAGCAACAGCAAAGUGGCUGGUUUUCUCUCUUCGAUGUAUCAUGUUCUUUCUACUAAGUUUCAUACAGCUACUAAACACAGAAACUACAUUGUGCUAAGUGAGAACAGGUUACCAGCCAAAAUUUCAAGCAGUUUAUUGUAUGCAACUGGUUCCCGGCUGAUUUCUGCUAAGCGCAAAAAUUGCUUUUAAUAGCUUUAUUUUCUUGCAAAGCAGCACCAUUAAAGAAAAAGUCUUAAAUUACUCUGUAUUAUUUUGUAUUCAUUUGGUCAGAGUUAAUUGUAUGAAUCAUACUCAAAUGCGCCAUUUUGAGAACAGUUUGGUCAGAAUGAGUCCAUGGUACUCUUUAAGCGCCAAAAAUAUGUGCUUAGCAAAGCUCAGGUUGCCAGCUAAAAUAUCGUGCAUUGUUUAUUUCAUGUGACUGGUUGUCGGCCAU